CCACGAACCAAGCAGUCUGUAAUGAAUAGGCAAGGCCAACCUCCGCUCCCCCAGAAAAGAGGAAACACUCAUCUGAACUACAUCACCUUUUUGGAGUCUUCAAAGUAACCAAGGAUUGAAAAGAACAGAAAUAAACUGAUUUCCAGCGCCUCUAGCUUUCCUGUUGAAAGCAGACAGAGUGUAUGAAGACCGUUCAAGUAUGUCAGAGACCUCCUCCCAUGACUCCUUCUAUGAUUCCCUAUCAGACAUGCAGGAAGAAAGCAAAAAUGCUGACUUCUUUCCCGAGCUAUCUGCUUUUCUCAGCCAGGAAGAGAUAAACAAGAGCCUCGACCUGGCCCGGAGAGCUAUAGCCACGUCCGAGACAGACGAUUUUGACUCAGAAAAGGAGAUCUCACAGAUUUUCAACACCUGUCCUGUCAGCCUCUGUGAAAACCCUUCCUGUAAGGAGACCAAACCGGGUGAGCCAACCUCCCCCGGAAGGCCGCCGGACAGCAGGCCCGAAGAACAGCCCGAGGGCAUCUCCUCGCCGGGUUCAAAGAGGAAACCUGGCCUCUCACCCCUCCUUGCCAGACCCAGCUACAUCCGCAGCCUCCGAAAGGCUGAGAAGCGCGGAGCCAAAACUCCCACCACACCUGGAAAGCCCAAAGCGGCGUGCCCAGGUAAGGCUGGCCCCCAGAGCCAGCUGUGUGACAAGGCAGCUAAUUUCAUCGAGGAGCUGACAUCCAUAUUUAGAGAAGCAGCAAAGCCAAGAAACAGAAGCGCAGAUGGGGAAUCCUCGUCGCCAGACAGCGGGUACCUGUCCCCUAAAAGUCAGCCGUCAGGCCUGAGGAGCGCCUCAGCCAGCCAGAGCCCCACCGGAGACCAACAGGAAAUGCAGGCGGAGGGCAAGCUGCCCGAGGCCGGGCACCGCUGCCAGGCGGCCCAGGACGGGGCAGUGCCAGGCGGCAGCAUCUCUCGGCCGCAGCCCCAGAACACCCUCCACUUCCCCUCGGCCCCUCGGUUCAUCCAGAAGCUGCGGAGCCAAGAAGUGGCAGAAGGAAGCAGAGUUUAUCUGGAGUGUAGAGUCACUGGAAACCCACCUCCUCGAGUCAGAUGGUUCUGUGAGGGGAAGGAGCUGCGCAACACUCCCGAUAUUCAGAUCCACGGCGAGGGCGGGGCCCUCCAUACCCUGGUCAUAGCAGAAGCCUUUGAAGACGACACAGGUCGUUACACCUGUCUGGCUACGAACCCCAGUGGCUCAGACACAACUUCGGCCGAGGUGUUCAUUGAAGGUGCCAGUUCAACAGAUUCUGACAGUGAAAGUUUAGCUUUCAUAUCGAAACCUGGAGCUAUGCCACAAGCUCAGAAGAAAACAACUUCCGUUUCCCUGACCAUAGGAUCAUCGUCUCCAAAGGCGGGAGUGACCACAGCUGUGAUCCAGCCGUUGUCUGUCCCUGUUCAACAGGUUCACAGUCCAACGUCGUAUCUCUGCAGACCCGAUGGAACCACUUCUGCCUACUUUCCUCCUGUUUUUACAAAGGAACUGCAAAACAUCGCGGCGUCUGAGGGCCAGGUGGUGGUGCUGGAGUGCCGGGUUCGAGGAGCACCCCCUCUGCAGGUCAAGUGGUUCCGACAGGGGAGUGAAAUCCAGGACUCCCCAGACUUCCGAAUUCUGCAGAAAAAACCCAGAUCUACCGCUGAACCUGAGGAGAUCUGUACCCUCGUCAUCGCUGAGACUUUCCCUGAAGACGCAGGGAUCUUUACCUGCUCGGCAAGAAAUGAUUACGGCUCAGUAACCAGCACUGCGCAGCUGGUGGUCACCUCAGCCAACACUGAAAACUGUAACUAUGACUCCACGGGCGAAUCCAACAAUGAUCAUUUCCAGCACUUCCCACCUCCCCCUCCGAUCUUGGAGACAAGUCCCUUUGAGUUGGCUUCAAAGAAAUCAGCUGAGAUGCAGCAGGUGAAGAGCCCCGAGCUGGGACACGGCACGGCCGCCCUUCAGAUGCAGCUCAAUUCUGCGGAGAGGGACACGGACGGCGUGCGUCCCAGCCACGGCCUGAACGGGCUGAUGAACGGCAAGGCUGACGGCAGUCAGUCUCCUCCAGCACCAGCUGUCCUGCUGUCGCCCACCAAGGAGCCUCCGCCUCUGCUUGCCAAGCCGAAACUGUGAGUAUUUCUGCAUGGUUUUAUAGUACUUUCCAUACCCCUGCUAAAUUGCCUCUCUGAUCAGCGACAACUUUUUGCCUGGACUCAGCUAGGUGGCACGUUGCCCCUUCUGCAGGCAAGCCAUCCCUGGCCGACGUGACUUUGCUACCAGGUGGGGUCUUUGAAAAAAUACAAAAGAUACCUAAAAAGAAAGAAGGUAAAUGAGAAGCUUGGUUACCUCUGCCCUUUGCUAAAAGCUGUAACUGCUUUCAGCUGUGAAAAUAUCUGUGCUCUGCGUCGCCUUCCAAUGUACAGCAAGGAUGUGGCCGCUCCCCAGAGGUGACGGGCAGGGGGAUCUACUUUGAGCUCUCUAUUAAAAGCAUUUCCCAGUGUUUUAAAUGUAAGAAUCAGUAAGGAAAUCUGAUAUAGAUAAGCACAGGAAGACUAAAAGCUGAGGAUGGAAACUCAUUGUACAGAACCUGGGGAGGGGAAUGACACCAGAGAUAACCAGGCUUGUCAGGAAGGAGAGCACCCUUCACAACACGACCUCCUAGGCUUUGGAAUUCCAUGUGACUGCCCGUUUUCACAAAUACCAGCUUCAUACUUUAUUUCCACUAUUUUCUUAGGGUGAUAAACCUCGCAUGAGCUGUUUCCAUUGGCACUCCAUAGCGGAGAGUUGUUAUGAAUGGAGCCAUUGCAAUGUCCGAGAGAGGCAAAAAUCAGUUCCCUCCUAAGGUUCUAUCAUAGCAUAACAGACCUUGAAUUACUGCCCUGAUAGAGGUCGGUGGAAAGGUCAGAGUCGUAUAAAAUGUAUACAUACUCGAUGAGGUCACAUUUCCUUGGGAAUGAACGCGCCGGGAUCUAGGAAAGCCCCUUAGAUUUUCCCAUGAUGUCUGAUGUUUUUGAUUUGGGGCAGGAAAGAUGACUUCAGGAUAGGAGUUACUUGUUUCUCUGAUACCGAACAGUCUCUUUUCUCUGUCACCAGCUCGUUUGUUAGAAUAUCUUAUAUAUUUGCACAUCACUUUAUUGUUUACCAAGUGAUUUCAUGAACAUUAUUAGACUAGUGAAAUAAAUCAGCCAAAUGAACACCUUAAGUUAACAAAUGGGCAGACAAUUUUAUAAAAAUAGACUUCUGGGCAAUCUUGUGUUAUUGCAGUUUCAAAAAUCUGUCUACGCAUUUAAUUCUUAUAUGCCACCCGGGCUCCGUUUUCAGGCAGUAGGGCUACUUGUUUUGUAUACAGUAGUGUGAAAGGUGCCAGGUGAACAUUUAAUACCUAUGCUCCAACUCCACUGAGACUCUGAACAGGUAAAAUGAGGUCAAAAGUGGCAGUCUUAAAAGAGAUUUACACUCAUAUGGCUUCAACCCAUAAAAUUAAUUGCCACUGCUGACCUUUUGUAUCUUUGCAUUUUGAAUAUGUAUUUGCAGUGCUUUUAAUGAAACAAGGGACCUGUUCUCCUGGGGAAGAAAGGGUGAAUGUUGCUUAAUGACUAAGACUUGACUGUGCUCUUGAUUAAGUGACCUGUAUCCACCGUAAUGGCUGUCAUAAAUUAGAUGUAAAUCACAGGAGAGCAAUGGAGGAGCUGUUAACAGGCAUUUCAGUCCUCCUUAUCUCAGAAGUUUCAACAGCUCCUCUGCUUUUAGCUCCGCUUUAUGGUGAUGCUAGUGUGCAUAUUGGGGGGUUGGGGCAUGUCUGCAAAACACAGACAGAACAAUCCUGUGGUUAUUAAGAGGAUGAGUAGCUUAAGCACAAGUUUGAAGAGUGACAUCAUGAUUUGCUUAUUAGUCAGAUAUUCAAUAUAAAAUAAGAUAUAGGAAAAACAGACUUUAGUGUUUG